AUGCAGAAAGCCGUCUUUCUGGCUCUUGUGCAAGUCCUGGGAUGGACCUGGAGCGUCCAAGCUCUUGUUCUCCCAGAACCUUUCUACCCAACGCAGGAGAACUUCGACCUAACAAGGUUUUUGGGGACUUGGCAUGAUGUUGCCCUGGCAACAUCAUGCCCACAUAUAGAACGCCACAAAAAGGAUUCAGCCAUCGGCAAGCUGGUGCUGGAGAGAGGAACAGCCCAGAACAAACUGGAGAUGACCAGAACCAUACUCAAAUAUGGAAUCUGUAAGGAGAAAAGUGGAGACUAUAAUCUGACUUCCACACCGGGACAUUUUCGUUUUGAAAAGUGGGGCACUGAAGUGGACGCCUUCGUGGUGCACACAAACUACGACGAAUACGCCCUCAUGAUAUUGCUCAAGGAGAGAUCCACGGGCCAGAGCCACAUCUCAGUGAAGCUCUACAGUAGGACCAUGGAGGUGAGGGACACGCUGAUGGAUGACUUUAAAAGGCUGGUCAGAGAGCAAGGCAUAAGCGACGACAAGAUCAUCGUUAAACAAAACAAAGGUGACUGUGUUCCUGGAGAGCAGGUGGAGGCGCCGACAACUGUGCCCGAGAGGAUGAGGAGGGACGUCGCGCCCACUGUGGCGCUGGCAGAAAUGGAAAUGGACGGUUCUGGAGAUGACACGCUGAUGUUCAAUGGAUCGGAGGUGUGCGGUUUAGGGCCGGAAGUGGGGCCGUGUUUUGGGCUGGACCAGCGCUACUUCUACAACUCCAGCGCAAUGAGCUGUCAGGCCUUCAACUACGGAGGCUGUCUUGGCAACAAGAACAACUUCAAGACCGAGAGGGAGUGUCUGCAGAGGUGUCGCACUGAGGCUGUGUGUCGUCUCCCGCUGACCGUGCCAUGCACGGGGGAGCCCCUCAGCUGGUCCUUCUCCUCCAUCAUCGGGGAGUGCGUGCCUUACAAACCCGGCUUCUGCCAGACCAACGGCAACAAGUUCUUCAGCAAGGCCGAGUGCGACGAGUACUGCGGCGUUAAAGUGACACACGCCUGCAGGAAGUUUCAAUUCCAUCUCAUGCUUUGUUUUGGACGCAGGAACGGCUCGUGUAAACAAACGUCUAUUCAAUAUGCUUUAACAGACAUCGCAGGGCAGUUCUUCUACCACGUCUCAAGGCUGAACGUGGAUGUCGAUGCCUACGUGGUCCGGACCGACUAUGACCACUCUGCCGUGAUGGCCUUGACGUUUCUGAGCAUCAGCUCACACAGGCGAGCAAACGGACAGGCUGAGAUCAUGCAGAAAGCCGUCUUUCUGGCUCUUGUGCAAGUCCUGGGAUGGACCUGGAGCGUCCAGGCUCUUGUUCUCCCAGAACCUUUCUACCCAACGCAGGAGAACUUCGACCUAGACAAGUUUUUGGGGAGUUGGUAUGAUGUCGCCAUUGCAAAUGUAGAACGGCGCAAAAAUGGUUCAACCAUCAGCAAGCUGGUGCUGGAGAGAGGAACAGCACAGAACAAACUGGAGAUGACCAAAACCGUGCUCAAAGAUGGAAUCUGUCAGAAGAAAAGUGGAGACUAUAGUCUGACUUCAACACCAGGACAUUUUCGUUUUGAAAGUACGUUUUGGGGCACUGACGUGGACGCCUUCGUGGUGCACACAAACUACGACGAAUACGCCCUCAUGAUUUUCCUCAGGGAGACAUCCCCGGGCCAGAACCACAUCGCAGUGAAGCUCUACAGUAGGACCAUGGAGGUGAGGGACACGCUGAUGGAUGACUUUAAAAGGCUGGUCAGAGAGCAAGGCAUAAGCGACGACAAGAUCAUCGUUAAACAAAACAAAGGUGACUGUGUUCCUGGAGAGCAGGUGGAGGCGCCGACAACUGUGCCCGAGAGGAUGAGGAGGGACGUAGCGCCCACUGUGGCGCUGGCAGAAAUGGAAAUGGACGGUUCUGGAGAUGACACGCUGAUGUUCAAUGGAUCGGAGGUGUGCGGUUUAGGGCCGGAAGUGGGGCCGUGUUUUGGGCUGGACCAGCGCUACUUCUACAACUCCAGCGCAAUGAGCUGUCAGGCCUUCAACUACGGAGGCUGUCUUGGCAACAAGAACAACUUCAAGACCGAGAGGGAGUGUCUGCAGAGGUGUCGCACUGAGGCUGUGUGUCGUCUCCCGCUGACCGCUGUGCCAUGCACGGGGGAGCCCCUCAGCUGGUCCUUCUCCUCCAUCAUCGGGGAGUGCGUGCCUUACAAACCCGGCUUCUGCCAGACCAACGGCAACAAGUUCUUCAGCAAGGCCGAGUGCGACGAGUACUGCGGCGUUAAAGGAGCACAAAUCCUGGAAGAACAGUGAGGGAACAUCCCAAGAUCUUCACAGUCGAAACAGAUGCAAAAUAUAUCAGAACACUUAACAACAAAACCUUUCAUUUGUGUCAGCAUUUAUUCAUUUGCCUGAUUAAGCCUGUUUUCAGCCAAAAUUUGGAAGAUUAAUCAAAAUUAUUUGUCACUGUAAAAAGAUAGCUUGGCAUUAUUAUGUCAAACUACUAUUCAAUAUUUG